AUUAGCAGCUAACUCAGCUCUUGUUUUUCCAUUAUCCCUAACAUUAUAAUUAAUAUACCUUCAACAACUACACACUUUAUCCAAUUAAAAAUCCCCCUCUUGUUUAUACCAGCUUUGGCCUGUUUUUAAACACCGUUAUUAACCAUUCUCUUCCAGGGAUCUGAAGCUUAACAACAUAUUAGUGAACACCGAGGGUCACAUCAAAAUAGUGGAUUUCGGAAUGGUCGCAGAGGACAUUUUAGGGGAAAAGAAGAUCACAUCCCCAGCGGGAGUCUGCCACUUCAUGGCUCCAGAGCAACAUCUAAAGAAGCCAUACGGACCAGGAGUUGACUGGUGGGCGUUUGGGAUCAUUCUGUGCACGAUGGCCACUGGAAAAUCACCAUUCUAUUCUGGCACAAAGCUGGACUGUCUGGUUCAUUCAGUGACCAGAACCAAGCCCUGCUAUCCAGAGGGUCUCAGCACAGAAGCCAUGAAACUCCUGGACGAGGUGUUGGAGAAGGAUCCAGAGAGGCGCUUGGGCACAAGGGGAGACAUCAGGAGUCACCCCUUUUUUAAUUCCAUCGACUGGGCAGACCUGGAGAGUCUUAAGGCACCAUCGCCCUGGAAGCCAGAAGGACUUUCAGAGAAGGAUUUUGGAGAUUAUAAAGAGCCACUGCUUUGUUUGGAGGACCAGAAGAGAAUGUUUUCAUCUCGGAAGCCAGUGAUUCUCCAAGAAUUCUCAUAUGUGAGCUCCAGCUGGUAAGCAUAAUCCUAUGGCCCCAACACCGGCCCCAAACCAGCCUUUAACAUCAGUCCUGUCUCAGUCAAAAUCAGUUCUCUGCUUCUGGCCCUUAUCACUGCCCAGCCUGCUUCCAGCCCACACCCUCAGGCCCGUCUCUGGCCCUUAACAUUGGCCCUAGAAUCCUGCCUUUGGCCCUUACCAUCGGCCCCUAGGAUCAGCUCCCUGCCUUUGGCCCAUAACAUUGAGCACUUCAAGUGCACAUAUUUAGCCCCUGCCUCUAGCUCUUAACAUCAGCCUAUGACCCAAGCCUCAACAUCGGCCGCUAAAAUUAGAUCCCUACCUCAGGCCCUUUACAUUGGCCACUCUGAUUGCAUUCCACCCUGUCAAUAAAGUUCUGUAGCCUACAGCCCUUACAAUCAGCAACCAAUUCUGCCAUUAGCUCUAAACUCUGCUCCAAAGAUCAGCUCCCUGCCUUUGGCCCUUAUUUUUGUUGUAUUAAUGUUGCCUUCCAGCCUACCCCAUCAGAAGCCUACAUCUGGCUCUUACAUUAGCUUACUGCUUCUUUCCCUUAGAAUCUGCUUUCUGCUUUUGGCCCUGAUGAUGCCCUCUUUUUCUGGCAAAUACCAUUAGCCCCCAACCUACAGCCUACACCACCGGCUCUUUGUCUUCAGCUCUCAAUAUCAGCCCUUUCCUCUGGCCCACACCAUUGGCCAUCUGCCUCCAUCUCAAAAUAUCAGCCCUUUCCUCUGGCCCAAACAAUCAGCUGACUACCAUUGCCCAGAACAUCGGCCCUUUCCUCCAGCCCAAACCCGAUGGUGUGGGCCUGAGG